UCAACACGCCAUUCUAUUGCAUUUGAAUUCAAAUUCGUCAACUAAAAAUGAAACAAGCUUUAAUAUUCGCUACUGGUGUCUUGUUAUUGGUACAGGCUGGAGCUCUCCCUAACCACAGUGCCAAUAGCAACAAUGGCAGUCAUGACGCCGCUUUCGAAGAAGGCAACCCCCCCUUGCCACAAUUUGUGAGUGAGACGGUAUCUGUUAUAUUCAAGUGGAUGAUCGAUAAGCGUAUCGAAGCGUUGGAGAAUAUCGUGAAGGAGUUGAAAGAAAUUCCAGAAAAAGAUGAACUGUUGCAAAAUUAUAUCACUCGCCUGUCCAGCUUAGCAAAUGAAGCAUCUGAACUUGAUCAGGGAAAAGGGCGGCCGGGCAUUAUGAAUCAAAGAAACUGCGUGCGUGCUAUGAAAUUGGUAACGGAGCAAUAUGACGGCAUACCCAAUGGUUGGAAACUGGAAACCACCGUGAAAAAAAUUCUAAAAAAUAAUCAUUUCAACAAAUUCGAAUAUGAGCUUUUAGAGAAACUCUUCGAAGAAACUAAAAAUUUCAUGCAGGCAUUUGGUGAACAUGUAAAUAGGAUGACUCCAGCUGAAAGAUCAAACAAUCCCGAAUUAGUUGAGUGGUAUGAUAAACUCAAGGAUGAAACUGACGAUCUGAAGAGACUUAAGAAGUUUGAGAAGUUCUUGGAUCAGUUUAAUCUCGAAUGAUUCAAAAUUACAUUUCUGAUUAUUUUA